AUUAUCGUCAUCAACGUUGUGUCGUCUCGGACAGCAACGCGAUCAUCGUUCCCUCGCUCUUUACCAAAAAAGAAAAAUAUUAUACUAAAUAGAUCAAAUUACGAUUUAGUCACGAAUAGUUUCAGCGAUGUUUCAGCAAAUCGAUGAUUACGCUUAGUAGCGCAUACACGCACAUCUGCAUGCAGAAAGAAAGAUGUCCUUUUAUAGCGGGAGCAACUAAAUAACAGCGGAGAGAUACAGCGACGCGAACCGGGAGGUGGAUAGGGUCGACCGCCCCCAGGCAACAUUCCUUAUCAUUACAUCCCAUAAACAUUAUCCUCGGUUCCAUCGAGAAUGAUUCCUUGAUCCGGGUACAAGAAGUCGAGUGGAGGUAGCUCGUCUCCGAUCCGGAGGAGUACCGGAGAGAGGGAGAGAAACGUUGGCGAAGGAGCUUCGGUGAAAGGAAGACGGAAUGAGGAGACUUUGAAGACGAUAGGAAAUAAGCUUGGGUUACGUUGCUGGAAUAAUGUUCCAUUCGUAUACAAUCGUAAAUGUAACUUUUUUUUAAACAAAUUGUGACGAUACGGCGCAAAGCUUAAUUAUCAGAGACUGAAAGUUGAAAACGAAAUGCUGUAUGCUCUUUCCUGAUGAAAGGAAAUCUGAUGUUUCGAAAAAAGGAAGGAAAAGUGUGGGCAUUGAUGCUCUGUUCGAUCAACAGGGCUUCAGAUUGGCAGUGGUUAGGUUCGAGUAGAGUAGCAAGGGGUGGUAGUCCAUCGAAGAAGACGCCGUUAAAUAGGUAGUCGAACGGGCAUCCAAUAUGCAAAGUGGUCGGUGGGCGCGUGUUUCAGCUACCAUCGGCGUAACUCAACGGAAUAUCGUUGCUCGUGACGGGCUUUUCGAGGGCCCAGCAGAGAGCAGGAGAGUGUACAGAGCUGAUAGGAGCCACCAUUACCCACCCCCGUGUUUCCAGCCAGCCCCGGCGUACAAGCCCCCGUACAACAACCCCUGUGUACAAUCUCCGUGUGGCCAACAGACCGGUCGAGAGCCCUGGGGGCAGUUCGUUGUCUAGCGGAUCGGUCCAGCUUUCGCAAGCAUCCACGUCGAUGCUAAUUAAUCGCGGUUAAGGUUGAACUGUUCAGACUUUGCGAAUCGAAGCUCGUUGUUCGACAAGCACACGGAUAUUCCAAUUAAGCCCCCAAGACAAUUUGAUGCACUACAAUUUGAUUGAUUUGUUGACUUAUCAUUUUAGCAUACAACGCUUCCAUCGUAAAAAGGACGAGGGGGUUGUUGCGAGCGAAGCUCGCUCGUAAAUAAGCUCGAAAACGUGUACUUACCGCGGUGAAUUCACCGGUUGAGUGUCUUAUAAAUAAUAAGUAAUCACCGGUUGCUUCCGAACACCUCCUCGCACUCUGUUCUCGUUAAUUCGAUUCAUCGAGCGACGUUCUCGAACGAAACGAUAAUCACCGAUUCGAAGCACGAUUUUGCCAAGUAACGGUAGCUCUUCUCUCAGGUUCCUCGUUACCGAACAGAAGAGCUUUUAUGAAUAUUUAUUCUCGCUGCUACCCGACGAUUAAUUCGUCUCUUAACGACAAGCAGAUACCGGUUUCGCGGUGCAAUUCAUCGCGAAGAUCGAUCGAUUUUGCUUCGUACCGGCGUUAAUUCGCACUUUCUCGAACAAUCUAAUACGUGCCUUUUCAGAAGAUGUCGGCUUCGAAAGGUACUCUUCCAUUACGCGAACGUUUCUGGAAUCCUUGAUCACGAAAAUUGCUCUGAUUUCGAAACAAUGUUUCUAUUUGCCCUGCAGUUUUUAUUUCAUUUCAUCGAAUUAAAUUAAUGUCAAUCACGGUGAACCAACGUGGAGAUGUCGUCACCGUAACCUGGUUACGAUCCCAUUAUCUGAACGGUAGCAGGGAAUACAAAGAAAUCGUCGAUCGUUAUCAGAUCUAUAUUGACCGAUGAUUUAUCAGUAGUUACCUGUUUCCGUAGCUGACACGCGCCACGCUUCCCGCAUCAUAAAAUCAUUCGUACGUGGCUAAAUUCGAAAUUCUGAAUUCGAAAUUUCGAUUCACAUUGCAAUUUAGAUUGACACGUGAACCUUAUACGACGAAUAUUGUCUGGGUAAUCCCAGAUUCACGGUUUUUUCGGCGGGAAAAAAACUAUGGAUACCCGCGUUAUCUAAUCUAAUCGAUAAGCAACUCAAUAAAUCGUUCGAUCGUCCAUUAUCUUAGCCAGUGGGCAGCAUGGCUUCCUUCGUGCUGGUAGUGGCGCUGAUGUUCGGAGUGGUUUAUGGUGAAACCGAGACCACGUUGAACUCUUAUCAAAACGUGGAGUGGGUGAGUUACAGUUUAACCGGGCGAAUAGUGAAUGGAACCAAGGCGGCACUCAGACAGUUCCCUUAUCAGGUGUCGUUGAGGCGCAGCUACAACUCCGCACACUUCUGCGGAGGAUCACUGAUAAGCGAACGGCAUGUCCUCACCGCGGCCCAUUGCAUGUACCUCUAUGGCUCUGUAAUACAACCAUGGUCGAUCAUGGUCGUUGCUGGAGAAUUGAAGCUCGAUAAACAAACUUCCACUGGUCAGAAAAGAGGGGUACAGAAGGUUGACGUUCAUUCAGAGUUCGAUGCAGAUACUCUGCAGAACGAUGUUGCAAUACUCACUCUUAGUGUGCCUUUUAAGAUGACGGAUGAGGUGAACAUCGCAUCUCUAGCAACUGAUACACACGAACCGAAUACAUAUUGUGAGGUGGCUGGAUGGGGUUAUCCGUCGGAAGAUGACCGAACGGUAAGCAAUCAUCUUAUGUACGUGAGUCUGCCAUUACUGAAAAUCGAUACGUGUCGGGAACUUUUGUCACACGUGACGGACAUGCUGCCAGGAAUGAUGUGUGCUGGAUUCAUGGAAGGGCAAAAAGACGCUUGCGGGGGAGAUUCUGGAGGUAGUCUGACUUGCCAGGGGAUGUUAGCCGGUGUCGUUUCCGGUGGAGAUGGUUGCGCCCGUCCUCGAGCUCCUGGUGUUUAUUCGGACGUCGCUUUCUUCCGGAAAUGGAUAGAGGAACACACAGAAUCGUCUGUUAUGCUCGAGCCUAACACGUCUAGUGGAGAUAAAACGGCCAACGCAUCCUUUUUACCUUUUGUUGUUCUUUCCAACAUGUUACUAAAACGUCUUUAAGACGUAUUUUUUAAUUUAGGAGAUUUCCGGUAAUAGUUAUAAGAAAUAUAUACAUAUCUCUAUAAAUAAAAAAUAUAUAUACAGGGCGUCCAAGUAUUGACGAUACAACCAUAGAGGGAAUGAUCCUACAUGAGAAAAUAAGUUGAUAAUAAGGAAUAAAUUAUUUUCAUUUGAGGCUUUGUGUUCGAAAAAAUCAGCUUUGAAUUUUCUUUGAGUAUGCAUACACUUGUAAGAAACAGUUGUGUAUGCAGUACGGUGGUCAACAUUUUCAACAAUUUGUGCAUUAAUACUUUCAACUUAUUUUCUCAUGUAGAAUCAUUCCCUCUAUGGUUGUGCCAUCAAUACUGGGACACCGUGUGUAUAAACAAAAACAAACAAAAAACAAAAAAAAAAACAUUAAAAUACGUAAAUAAAAAAAAA